AUGGGCCCCCGCCGCCUGCCCGUCUGGCUGUGCGCCGUCGCGGCGCUGCUCUCGGGCGCGCAGGCCAAGGGCACCCCGCUCCUGGCUCGGCCCGCGCCUCCCGGCGCCUCCAGCUACAGCCUCUACACGACGGGAUGGCGCCCGCGGCUGCGUCCGGGGCCGCACAAAGCCCUCUGUGCCUACGUGGUGCACAGGAACGUGACCUGUGUCCUACAGGAGGGAGCAGAGAGCUACGUAAAGGCUGAGUACCGGCAGUGUGGGUGGGGCUCCAAGUGCCCUGGGACCGUCACGUACCGCACAGUGCUCAGACCCAAAUACAAGGUUGGCUACAAGACGGUGACAGACAUCGCCUGGCGUUGCUGCCCCGGCCUCGCUGGAGAAGGCUGCCCCGAGCACCUCACUGACCACCGGCCCACCCCACCCCAGCCAGAGCCUGAACCCCAGAUUCCCUCUGGGCAGCUGAACCCAGGCCCUAGGCCCCCUUCUUACAGCAGAGUGGCCCCCAGCCCCCACGGAAGGAAACGGCCAGGGCUGUUUGGUGAGCGGCUGGAGCGCCUGGAAGGUGAUGUCCAGCGCCUGGCACAAGCAUAUGGUACCCUCAGUGGCCUCGUGGCCAGCCACAAGGACCCCAACAGGAUGAGAGGUGGCCCCAGGGCUCCUGACACCCCUGUGGGCUUCGGGGUCAUCCCCAAGGGGUUUGUGGGCCCGGGAGACAGAGCCAGGGGGCCAUUCACACCUCCUCUGGACGAGAUCUUGGGCAAGGUGACAGAGGUGAGCAACACACUGCAGAACAAGAUGCAACUGCUGGAUGAGGUGCACGGGCUGGCCCUGGGCCAUGAGGCUCACCUGCAGCGGCUACGGGAGGCCCCACCGUCCCCGCUCACCUCCCUGGCCUUGCUGGAGGAGUACGUGGACCACCGGCUGCACCGGCUCUGGGGUGGCCUGCUGGAUGGCUUCGAGCAGAAGCUACAAGGCGUCCAGAGUGAGUGUGACCUGAGGGUGCGGGAGGUGCGGCAGCAAUGUGAAGAGGGUCAGGCAGCCAGCCAAAGGCUGCACCAGAGCCUGGAUGGUCGGGAGCUGGCCCUGCGCCAGGAGCUCUCCCAGCUGGGCACCCGGCUGCAGGGUCUGAGCGUGGCUGGCGGAGGCAGCUGCUGUGGCCAGCUGGCCCUAAUUGGCGCCCGCAUGGACAGCCUCGAGCGAAACCUACAGGUGCUCACCGAGGCCCAAAGGGCUCAUGGCACCCCCUCUGGGGGUGAGCUCACUCGGCUCUCUGCUGCCAUGCUUGACGGGCGGCUCGAGGGCCUGGAGACCCUCAAUAGGACAGAGAAUGGAGUGAGGGGUUGCUGCCUGGGGGUGGGGGAGGGGGGAUGGGGAGUGGGUGGCUUUGGGGCCACGUUGGAAGAGCGUGUGCAGAGCCUUGAGGAGCGCCUGGUGACGCUGGCUGGGGAGCUGAGCCGUGACAGCGCCCUGCCGGGCAGGUCCACACAGCCCCUUGUGCAGACAGAGCUGGCUGUGCUGGAACAACGGCUGGUUUCGCUGGAGACCUCGUGCGCCCCCAGCACCACCUCAGCUAUCCUGGACAACCUCGUGGCAGAGGUGAAGGCCUGGCAGAGCCAGAGCGAGGCCCUCCUGCGCCAGGUGGCCAGCCAUGCGGCCCUGCUCCGACAGCUCAAUGGCACCAUGGCUGAGGUCCAGGGGCAGCUGGCAGGAGCAACAGGCAGCUCGCUUCAAGGCGAGAUCACCCUGCUUAAGGUCAAUCUGAACUCAGUGAGCAAGUCACUUACAGGCCUCAGCGACUCCAUCAGCCAGUACUCUGAUGCCUUCUUAGCUGCCAACACAUCCCUGGACGAGCGGGAACGCAAGGUGGAAGCCGAGGUCCACGCCAUCCAGGAGCAGGUCAGCAGCCAGGGCUCGCGGCUUCAGGCCGGCCACAGGCAGGUCCUGAGCCUGCAGGGGGAGCUGGAGCAACUCAAGGCUGGUGUGGCCAAUGUGGCUGGUGGGCUGAGCCGCUGCCAGGACACAGCCCAGGAGCUCCAGCAUGCAGUGGGCCACUUUGACCGGAGGGUAGCACAAGUGGAGGGCGCGUGUGGGAGGCUGGGCCUGCUGGCCGCCAGCCUGGACAGCUUGGCCGCUGAGCCGCUUAAACCCAGGGAGGGCCUGUGGGGCCACAUGGACCAGCUGAACCGCACGCUGGUCCAGCACGCACAGGACAUUGCCCGCCUCCGGGAUGACCUGCUGGAUUGCCGGGCCCAGCUGGCUGAGCAGGGGCGGCCGGGGCAAGCCAACUAGGCAGGUGGACGGGACCCACCCCGCAAAGCCCACCAGCCCUGGGAAUGGCACCUCAGAGCCAGCCUUGCACAGCUGUGCCUCCUAGCUUCCCCCAGUAUGAAUGCCACCUUGGAGGCCACAGAAGAAAUGGGCUUGGUCCAGCACCACAUGACUUUGCUAGCCACCAAAAUCCACGCUUGGUGCUGUACAAACUGGACAAUGCAGAAUAGUGGUCAGGGCAAGAAUGCUGUGCCUGAAGGCAGGAAUAGACUCAGGACACCUCAAUUCCAUGGUCUGCAAAUUGCUCCUCUGCAGACACCCCAGAGCCCAGUAACUGCAAAGACCUACAGGUUGGCUCUCAGAUAGUGGUUCUGCCCAUAUCUCCAUCUGCCCACAAGGAAAAGCCCCCAGCUCAUGGAGGCUUUUGGUUCCCUUGGCCCUGUGCUCACGAUUCCUCCCUUCUCCUCUUGGCUUCUGUCCCCGGCUGUCGGGGCUGGGCUUGCAUGGGAAGGUGAUACCCCCGAAACUGUUCUCACACACAGGCUGCUGUUCUUUCCCCAAGGAGCAGGUGCUGCUGGGGGGUUCCAGCUCCUCACAAGUCCUCCAGGAUGAAAUGGAAACAUAGACUUGGCCAAGAGUGCUCUUCAUCCCUUCUGAUCCUCUCCCAAGGUGAAGGUGUAGGCAGCUGUAGAAUUUCAGAGGGAAGGACUGGGUCCAGGUGAUGUGUUUGGGGGCUCCAGCCCCAAUUUAUCCUUUUCCUUUCCUUCCCCAGAGGUAUUUUCAGGGCACUCUGGCCCCAUACAGUGGCACAGUGGUUAAGAGCUUGGCUGCUAACCAAAAGGUCGGCAGUUCGAAUCCACCAGUUGCUCCUUGGAAACCCUAUGGAGCAGUUCUACUACUCUGUCUCAUAGGGUCGCUAUGAGUUGAAAUCAACUCGACGGCAAGGGUUUUUUUUUUUUUUUUCUGGCCCCACAUGAUCCUCUUCCUUCCAUUUUGGGGGAAGAUCUUCCCCCCCAGGUCAGGGCCUCUCUCCUGGUAUACAAAAUGGCCUGAAUGUGGCCAGACCCUAGGGAGGGAGCCACAGCUGGAGAGAAAGGGGUCCAGGCCUUGCUGCCAACACCCUUGCAAAACCCUAGCCCUACCAGAAUAGUCACCCAAUGGUGUGAAAUUCAGGUGCAAAAACAUGGAGGGUCAAUUUGAAAACAGGUAUCCAUCGGGCUUGCACGGUUCCCAGAGGCUUCACGCUCAUGUCUGCUGAGCCUCCUUGCCUCAGUUUCCCCCACAGCUGCAGAGGCCCUGGUGUGCUAUUCCGCAGGUCCCGCAGCCCUGCCUCAGCAUUCUGGCCUCCACUUGGGAACUGUCAGGGUGGGCAGGUUCUGGAUUAAAGCUUUUAGCCCAUCUAAUGGCACUGUGUUCACCAGCGACGGUGCAGGGAGGGAGGGCUGCAGUGGGCGUCAGCCCUGCUUCCCACAGCUCCUGGGACAAGAGCCCUCAGCAGCCACCUGAGCACAGAACUGGCCGCACAGGCCAAGGUGGGGCAGCUGGGCCAACAACCACCUGCCCCAUGGGGCUCGGGGGGGAGUCCUCAGGGAAGGUGCUGAAAGGAGCAAGGGUAGCAGCUGGGUGGGGGCCACACUCCCAUGGCCCUGACAGUGUCCUGGGAACCCCCGCUUCCCUGCUGCUGGUGGGGCAGGUACCAGAGUGCCUAGGGCUGGGGCGGCCUCAUGUGCUGAGAUACCAGCAAGGGAGAGGCAGUGACGUGGGAAGGGGCCAGGGCUUGGUGGAAGGGUCUGGCUUCAGUGGGUAUGAUGCAGGCUCCCUCUCCCCGCUGCUGCCACAGGGCAGCCCCCAGCCCUUCCCUGAGGCCUCCAGCCUCAAUGGGCUCCCUCUUCUCUCUGCCCAUAAGGAAUUGAUUCAAGGCCCCAGAAUGACAGGACAGAGACACCAAGGGCACAAAGAACCCUCAAAAAGCCCGUA